AGGUGGAGUCCUGACUGGUUUCAGGAAACGGAUCAACUGUCUGAGAGUCCAGGAGUGGACUGGAAACUUUUUUCUUCUUCUUCAGCGCUUUGAAUAAAGUGUGAAGGGAGAAAGUGUGUGUGAGCUGCUGUGAGUUGAGCAUCAUGGAUGAGUGUGAGGACAGAGAGGAGGGAGUCCCUCCCUCUAAAAGCUCUCUGUGUGGGGAACAGGAGAACCAGAGCAAAGCUCAGAGAGUGGAGCAGCAGAACUCAGAGGUUCCCAGAGCUCAGUCUGUCCAGCAGCAUGACCUGGACUCCAUAUUCGUGCUGCUGGAGGACAACAUGGUGACUUUUGUGAAGAAGGAGCUGAAGAAGAUGCAGAAGGUUGUGAGUCCAAAUUACCCAGAAUGCUCCUCAGAGAGUCAGAGGGAGGAUGAGGAGGAGUUGGAGAGUGAUGAUGAAGAUCAGAGGACCAGCAGAGAGAUGUUUGAGCAGAUGACAGUGUUGUUCCUGAGGAGGAUGAAGCAGGAGAAGCUGGCUGACCGUCUGCAGAGCAGACUGCCUGCAGAUUGCAGACAGAAACUUAAAUCUUCUCUGAAGAAGAAGUUCCAGAGAGUGUUUGAGGGCAUCACUAAAGCAGGACAGCCGACCCUCCUGAAUGAGAUCUACACAGAGCUGUACAUCACAGAGGGAGGGACUGCAGAGGUCAAUGAUGAACAUGAGGUCAGACAGAUUGAAGCAGCAUCCAGGAAAGCAGACAGAGCAGAAAGAAGCAUCAGAACAGAAGACAUCUUUGAAGAUUCACCUGGAAGAGAUGGACCAAUCAGAACAGUGAUGACACAGGGAGUGGCUGGCAUCGGGAAAACAGUGUUAACACAGAAGUUGACUCUGGACUGGGCUGAAGACAAAAGCAACCAGGACAUCCACUUCAUGUUUCCACUGACUUUCAGAGAGCUGAAUGUGCUGAAAGAGAGAAAGUUCAGCUUGGUGGAACUUGUUCAUCAUUUCUUCAGUGAAACCAAAGCAGCAGGAAUCUGCAGGUUUGAACACUUCCAGGUUGUGUUGAUCUUUGACGGUCUGGAUGAGUGUCGCCUUCCUCUGGACUUCCACAACAAUGAGGUCCUGACUGAUGUUACAGAGUCCACCUCAGUAGAUGUGCUGCUGACAAACCUGAUCAGGGGGAAUCUGCUUCCCUCUGCUCGCCUCUGGAUAACCACACGACCUGCGGCAGCCAAUCAGAUCCCUCCUGACUGUGUGGACAUGGUGACGGAGGUCAGAGGGUUCACCGACCCACAGAAGGAGGAGUACUUCAGGAAGAGAUCCAGAGAUGAGGAGCAGGCCAGCAGCAUCAUCUCCCACAUGAAGACAUCACGAAGCCUCCACAUCAUGUGCCACAUCCCAGUGUUCUGCUGGAUCACUGCUACAGUUCUGGAGGAGCUGCUGAGAACCAGAGAAGGAGGAGAUCUGCCCAGAACCCUGACUGAGAUGUUCAUCCACUUCCUGGUGGUUCAGGCCAAGGUCAAGAGGGUCAAGUAUGAUGGAGGAGCUGAGACAGAUCCACACUGGAGUCCAGACAGCAGGAGGAUGAUUGAGUCUCUAGGAAAACUGGCUUUUAAUCAGCUGCAGAGAGGAAACCUGAUCUUCUAUGAGUCCGACCUGACAGAAUGUGGCAUCAAUCUGGAAGCAGCCUCAGUGUACUCAGGAGUGUUCACACAGAUCUUUAUAGAGGAGAGAGGGCUGUACCAGGACAAGGUGUUCUGCUUCGUCCAUCUGAGUGUUCAGGAGUUUCUGGCUGCUCUUCAUGUCCAUCAGACCUUCAUCACCUCUGGAAUCAACCUGCUGGAAGAAGAACAACAAACAACAUCCUGGUGGUCUGAGAUGUUCAGAGAGAAACCUGAUCCAUCAAUAUUCUACCAGAGAGCAGUGGAUGAGGCCUUACAGAGUCCAAACGGACAUCUGGACUUGUUCCUGCGCUUCCUCCUGGGUCUGUCACUACCGACCAAUCAGAAUCUCCUACGAGACCUGUUGACACAGACAGGAAGUAGCUCACAGACUAAUCAGGAAACAGUGGAGUACAUCAAGAAGAAGAUCAGUGAGGAUGUGUCUACAGAGAGAAGCAUCAAUCUGUUCCACUGUCUGUAUGAACUGAAGGAUGUUUCUCUCAUGGAGGAGGUCCAACAGUCCCUGAGAUCAGGACGUCUGUCCACAGAUAAACUGUCUCCUGCUCAGUGGUCAGCUCUGGGCUUCAUUUUACUCUCAUCAGGAGAAGAUCUGGACGUGUUUGACCUGAAGAAAUAUGCUGCUUCAGAGGAGGUUCUUCUGAGGCUGCUGCCAGUGGUCAAAGCCUCCAAGAAAGUUCUACUGAGUGGCUGUAAUCUGUCAGAGAGAAGCUGUGCAGCUCUGUCCUCAGUCCUCAGCUCCCAGUCCUCCGGUGUGACAGAGCUGGACCUGACCAACAACAACCUGAAGGAUUCAGGAAUGGAGAGUCUUUCUGCUGGUCUGGAGAGUCCACACUGUAAACUGGAAGCUCUCAGGCUGUCAGGCUGUCUGGUCACAGAGGAAGGCUGUGCUUCUCUGGCCUCAGCUCUGAACUUCAAGACCUCAAAUCUGAGAGAGCUGGACCUGAGCUACAACCAUCCAGGAGACUCAGGAGAGAAGAUGCUGUUGGCUAAAGUGGAGGAUCCACACUGUAGACUGGAAACUCUCAGGGUGACGCCUGCUGGAGUCCCAUGGUUGACACCAGGUCUGAGGAAGUAUUCCUGUCAACUCACAGUCGACACAAACACAGUAGGCAGAGGACUGAAACUGUCUGACAACAACAGGAAGGUGACACGUGUGGAGAUCCAUCAGUCAUAUCCUGAUCAUCCAGACAGGUUUAACUGGCUUCAGUUGCUGUGUGGAACUGGUCUGACUGGUCGCUGUUACUGGGAGGUGGAGUGGAGAGGAAAGGUUCUAAUAUCAGUGAGUUACAGAGGAAUCAGAAGGACAGGAUUCAGCAAUGAGUGUGUGUUUGGAUGUAAUGAUCAGUCCUGGAGUCUGUUCUGCUCUGAUGAUGGUUACUCUGUCAUUCACAAUAACAGAAAAACACCCAUCUGGUCCUCCUCAGUCUCUCACAGAGUUUCAGUUUAUGUGGACAUUAAUGCUGGAACUCUGUCCUUCUACAGAGUCUCCUCUGACUCUCUGAUCCACCUCCACACCUUCAACACCACAUUCACUGAACCUCUCUAUCCUGGAUUUAUGGUCUGGUGGUUUGGUUCUUCAGUGUUUCUGUGUUGAGUUGAGUCCUGUUAGAGAAACAGUGUUGAACAGAUAGUUGAGACCAGAGGUGGGUAGUAACGAGUUACAUUUACUCCGUUACAUUUACUCAAGUAACUUUUUGAAAAAAAUUACUUCUGAGAGUAGUUUCUCUUUGCCAUACUUUUUACUUUUACUUGAGUAAAUUUGUGAAGAAGAAACACUACUCUUAUUCCAUUACACUGAGCUACACUCGACUUGUUACUUUUUUGUUUACCACAUUAAAUAUGCUUUAUUUUGCCAGAGAGAUGCCCCCAGUAGAGCUACCACAUGACUGUGUUUGACCAAUCAGACAAAGAAAAAACCAUCAUGUGACUUCAUUUCACCAGACGUCAUCCUGCAGUCACAUGACCACAUACAAACUGUGGCGGCAUAGCGGCAUACACUCUUCACAUGUAGCAGACAGGGAAUGAAAAAACAGGGGUGUUUUCAAGAGGUCUGAUUUUGCUUCAGAGUCUGACAACAUUAGCAUAGCAUUAGCAUGGAUAUCCUCAGCUUUUGUCUUCUGUUUACAAACACGGGCGAAGUGAUGCGUGACAUCAGGCUUGGUAGGUCCACAUGAUGGAGCGGAAUGGGGGGGAGGGUUACAGCAUGCAGUACAUCUUGUCGCUAGUAGUAGUUUGCACUGUUCAAACAUAAAAACAUUACCUUACUACAGAUAUUUGUUUCAAAAGCUUUAAGUUGUGAAAAACUGACAUUUGGAAAUUUGUGUUUCUUGUGCCUUAACUUGUCAUUUUGUAAAUAUGUUUAUUUUUGCAAUUUUUUUAUUUUAUUAUUUGGAAAUACCAGAUUUUGCACAUUAUUUUACAUUUGUGUCUGUCUGAUCACAUCUUUUUUUAAAAAUAAAUCGGACAUUACAAUCAAACAGUUACUCAGUACUUGAUUAGUCUUUUUACCAAAUACUUUUUUAUUCUCACUUGAGUAAUUUUUUGGAUGACUACUUUUUACUUCUACUUAAGUGAUAUUAUUUUGUAGUAAUGUUACUCUUGGUUCAGUACAAUUUAUGGCUACUCUACCCACCUCUGGUUCAGUCUCUCCAUGACUCUGUCCCUCACAAACAUGUUUUCACAUUCAUGGAUUAAAUGUGUUUCUUUGUCAAAUCCUUCUCAAUGAUUCCUUGUAAACUUGUUCCUCUUCAAAGAUGGAAGUUGUGAUUCUUCCAGGAGCCAAAUGUGUUGUUUUUAUCUUUUUCCAGUCAAAUGUUGAGAGUGAAAAUCAGGAUGUGGUGUUCCUCUGACGCUCACUUGACCUAAAAGCAUUUGAGCUGCACAAAGUGUGGAAUGAGAGAGGAAGCAGUGGAUCUCCAAACUGCUGACAGACUUUUACACAUUAUUAUCUAGAGAAAAUCAAGCUUUUGUCCAGCCAGACUUGAUCCUGACUUUAGUGUUUCAGUCCUGUUUUAGUGAUGAAAUGAGAACUUCCUUUAUCUUGUCCGUGAUGGAGAAGAAUAAAAGACUGUGACUAAAAAUCCUGACUUGAGUGGAGCUCUCAUGGAAAAUCCAUGGACAUGAACUGUGAGGGAGCUGGACCCUCACUGUUGUUGAUAUGUCGCCCUCUGCUGCUGAAAACAUGAACUGCACAACAUCACUGCCAUCAGCACGUCAUGGCAUGUUGAAAGGAUUCGCAUCCUUGAAUGUGAUUACUGGGACUGUGGGCUCAUUUCAUACCAACUCCUGUCCUUUUCCAUGAGAGCCACACAGGCAGCAAAAAGUCAACAGGAGAGACACUUGGAGCGCAAACACCAUCCCCUCAUCUCAUUUACUGUCUACUUAUGUUGAUAUUUUGUUACAUAUUUUCUACUUAUGUUGAUCUAUAUAUUUUGUACUGUGCAUAUUUCUGAGUUUGAAUGGGAGGAACUGUAAAAUACACAUGCUGGCUGCAGGUGAAGACCAGGUUCACCUGAACAGGAAACCAGUCUGUCACAGGGCCACAGGUAUCUGUCUGGUGAAGGAUGAGAAGAGUCUUAUCUUUAUAUUUUAUGAAUUCUUCCUCUCAGCUGUCACUGAACUCUGAUCCACGAUGACCAAACACCAACAACCUUCUAUGGAGUAAGAUUACUGUCAAAAAUAUUCAUCCACGAUUCUAACCAUUCGUAUUCGUAAUGUUAAACAUUUUUAUG